CUCUUUCCCUCGGAGCGGCGGCGGCGGAGACAGUCAUGGCCAAGAUCAAGGCUCGGGACCUCCGCGGCAACAAGAAGGAGGAGCUGCUGAAGCAGCUGGACGACCUCAAAGUGGAGCUGUCGCAGCUGCGCGUCGCCAAGGUCACCGGCGGCACGGCGUCCAAGCUGUCCAAGAUCCGCGUUGUCCGCAAAUCCAUCGCCCGGGUGCUCACGGUCAUCAACCAGACCCAGAAAGAAAACCUCAGGAAGUUCUACAAGGGCAAGAAGUACAAGCCUCUGGACCUGCGGCCCAAGAAGACGCGCGCCAUGCGCCGCCGCCUCAACAAGCACGAGGAGAACCUCAAGACCAAGAAGCAGCAGCGGAAAGAGCGGCUGUACCCGCUGCGCAAGUACGCGGUCAAGGCCUGAGCCCGGCCAGCCGUGGCAACACAAUAAACCCAAAACACACA